AUGAUUGGUGGAGCUUGGCACCUGACCUUGGGGAAAGCGCAAUUGCGCAUGUCAGCAGCGGUGUCCAUAGCAACACUUUCAUUACAUGCUGAUGUCUAUAGCAUGAAGCCGGUGCUUAUUUUAUAUUGUAGCUAAAAUGUACCAUCGGGUCUCUUUAGUGAUUAGUCCAGCAAUCCGUUCUAAUCUUUACAGUUCAUUCUAAUGGCUGAAAAGAGGCGAUCUGGGGUCGCUUCCGACUCCAAAUCUGCCAAAGCCGAGAGCGAUGAGGAGUUUCUGUCUCAGGCCGGAGUGGAUGCGCUGCUCGGGUGCGCGCUGCUGAAACUGGUGCAGGCCCGACCCGAGGAUCCGAUAGGAUUUCUGGCUGAGCAUUUCACUAACGAGGCGUCGGAAACUGAGAGCGGUGGUGGAGGUGAUGCAGGAGAUGGAGGAGAUGGUGAUGGAGGGAAAUAUCAGGACGCGCUGGAGGAGCAGCAGCUGAACAAGGCGCUUUGGCACCUGAGUUUAGCGCAUCACUCACAGAGAUCUGCCUUCAGCAACAACAUCCGCGUGGCUUAUGAUCUGCUUAGUGAAUGUGGCACCACCCGGCACGCACCAGGUGGAGUCCAGGGCCGACUCUACACUGAGAUGCUGCGGUGCGUGUGUAGUGACAGCGGCCUGUCGGAGAAGACGGCAGCCCCGCUCCUGCAUCGACUGCAGUGCCGUGAUUAUGAGGCUGUGCCCUUUGAGCUCUUUCGACAGGCGGUGAUGACAUGUGCAACGUUCUCCGAUUACCUCCACAGAGCACGAUGCCUGUACACUGCCGUGGCUUGCAGUCCUGAGCGGCCUGCAGAGCGGGAAUUAUGUGAAACUGUCCUCAACGCUCUACGAGAGGCACUGGAUACCUCACAUGGGUCUGAAGCCACACGUUACCUAGAGGCCAGUGCCAAGAUCUCACCUGCUGAGCUGGCACGGGCCAUGGUCAAAAAACGGGGUGCCAGCAGGGAGCAGGAAGGGCCGAGCAUGGACAUGCGUGAGUUUGAGGAUGCUGCCGCAGCACUCUUUAUAACCAGGGUGCGUGUGGUAAACUGAUAAAUACUUAUGUUACAGUAUAUACUCCUUGUGUUCCUUCAGUUCAUAAUGAAUGCAUUUGAAUUGAGUUUACUGACAUUGAAAAGAUACGAGUAAGUCCUUACACAUCUCCAUGUUCUGUAUUUAAAAACAGUAUUCAGUCUAUGUGCUAACUGUAGACAUACAUUUAACUAGUCUCAGCUCCUUGUAAGUCAAACACUUCAGAUUUAUUGAUGGGAGAGGAAAAUGACCAGACAAGUCUGAGCUGACAGGAAAACUACAAGUCACUCUGUGACUACUCUUUACAACCAGGGUGAGCAGUCAGUAGUUUUUGUAGCCUUCGUUUCAGCUGAAGCCUUUCUAAACGCUCUCCUCUGAUCUGUCUAUCAACAACCCCACAGACCUGCUGCUCACUGGAUAUAUAUUUUUUUUAGACAAAAACGAAUCACCUUCUGAUCAGUUCUAUACACAGUUCAACAACACAGUGCAAAUGACCCUUUAUUAAUUGUCAGUCAUAAAUCCUGAAUUAUUUAACUAUAAGAAUGAUAUAAAUCUGCAACUGCUAACCUCAGCAUGUUAUUUUAACCAUGUGUUAUUACUUCUUUUACCCAGCAGAAGGAACACAAACUAACUUCUUAUACCUCAAGAACCUCCUUAUAUCUCAAACCUCUGCUGCUUUAGUUCCAAAUAUGGAUCCUGUUCUUGUUACCUGAUAAGUGGAAACUUGUUUGAGGUGAAAACAGCCCUGAGUCAUUUGAGCGAGUUACGGAUGCAGAUGUUAUCAUGGAAAAUUUUU